AUGCACACCAUAGCUAUCUGCAUCUCAACUUUCCUUCUCCUUCUUCCCACUGGUGCAACUGAAACCGAUCAACCACCUUACAAUCCCACCGACUCUUUUCUCCUUAAUUGUGGCUCAUCUUCGAACCAAACUUAUUACAAUGAUCAAGGCCGUCUCUGGGAAAGCGAUUCUCACUCACAACAUUUCUCUUCACAAAACAUACAAAGCUCAUCCUCAGAAUCCAACGCUUCGGAACAAGACUAUAAUUCUGCCCCCAAAGUCCCUUACAAGACCGCUCGCAUAUUUCACUCCAAAUUCACGUACUCUUUUCAUCUCUUGUCACCGGGGCCGAAGUUUGUCCGUCUCUACUUUUAUUCCGCCACAUACUCUGGCCUCAAUAAAUCCGAUUCUUUCUUCUCUGUCACCGCCGAUAAUUUCAUUCUCUUAAACAACUUCAGCGCUUCUCUUUUUGCUUCCUCUCGGACCUCACCUUAUUUUGUGAAAGAAUUCAUCAUCAGCGUUGCCAAUAAUCACAACCAAUUCAACCUAUUCGAAUUAGCCUUUAAUCCAUCUCCAAACUCUUAUGCGUUCAUCAACGGCAUCGAAAUUGUUUCCAUGCCGGAAAAUCUCUACACAGCCCCAACAGACAAACCGAUCACCUUCGUCAACAGCAAGGAAACCCCGUUCUUGUUCACGAACGGCACCGCUCUUGAGAACGUGUACAGACUAAACGUAGGCGGAAGAGCUGUUCUCAGCAUAAACGACACCGGAAUGUUGCGAACCUGGAUUCAGGACUUGAAUUACUUGUAUAGUUACAAAGCGGGUUCAACUCCUUACCUGUCUAACGUCACAAUCGAGUACAACUCCAAUACGCCGGCUUACACUGCACCCGAGGUCGUUUACACAACAUUUCGCCAAAUGGAUCCAAAGGGUCUUAACAACACCAAGUACAACCUCACGUGGCUAUUUCCGCUCGACGCCGGCUUUUCUUACCUCGUUAGGCUUCACUUCUGCGAGACUCUUCUGGAGGUGACCGUUGAGAAUCAAAGGGUGUUCUCUAUAUACAUGAAUAGCAUGAUAGCUGAGGAACAAAUGGACGUCAUUUACUACAGCCGCGGCUCCAAAAUCCCUGUGUACAGAGACUACAUCGUCUUUGUAGAAAAAGAAAGCCACAAUCAAGAGGGAUAUCUAUUGCUUGAACUUCACCCCAACAAUAGGUCAAAGCCAGAGUACUACAACGCAAUGCUAAACGGUGUUGAGAUAUUUAAAUUGAACCAAUCUAAUGGAAAUCUCGCCGGACCGAACCCGGAUCCAGCAAACUCCGUCACAGUUUCUCAACCAAAGCCAUGGCCAAAAGGAAACAAAAAGAAGUCAUCAAUCUUGGAAGUCACUAUAAUCUGCAUAGCUGUUUUUAGCUUUGUGCUAGGUCUCUUCGUAUGCUGGCUUAUAUUCUUCUACAAGAGAAUCAUAAUAUCCUCAAAGAAGAGGAGGAAGGAAGGUUCAUCGCUGCCGUCUGAUCUCUGCCGUCACUUCACGAUCAACGAAAUCAAAGCGGCCACGUGCGACUUCGACGAGAGGCUCAUCAUCGGCGUCGGCGGCUUCGGUAACGUGUACAGAGGACGCCUCGCCGGACCCAACCAAAUCCAUGUGGCGGUCAAACGUUUGAAUCCGAGGUCAAAGCAGGGUGCUCGGGAGUUCAGGACGGAGAUCGAGAUGCUUUCCAAGCUCCGACACGUUCACCUUGUCUCCCUCAUCGGCUACUGCGACGACCGGAACGAGAUGAUCCUUGUCUACGAGUACAUGUCGCGCGGGACGCUCCGCGACCACCUGUACAGCGGUCCCACCGAGAAUCCCGCACUGCCGUGGAAGCAGCGGCUGCAGAUCUGCGUCGAGGCGGCGCGUGGACUUCACUACCUCCACACGGGUGCAAACCACGUGAUCAUCCACCGAGACGUCAAGUCAACGAACAUACUCUUGGACGAGAAGUGGGUCGCGAAGGUUUCGGACUUCGGGCUUUCUAGAAUGGGCCCCACUUCGGCUUUGGACACCCACGUCAGUACCGAGGUCAAGGGAAGUUUUGGGUAUUUGGACCCGGAGUAUUGCCGGAGGCACCAGUUGACGGAGAAAUCCGACGUUUACUCAUUCGGGGUGGUGUUGUUGGAGAUGCUGUGCGGUAGGCCGGCGAUGGGCCGGGCCUUACCGAAGGAGCAAGUGGGCCUGGCGAAUUGGGCCCAAAAGUGUUACAAGAACGGGUUGAUUGAGCAGAUAGUGGACCCGAAUCUGGAGGGCGAGAUUGCGGCGGUGUGUUUAAAGAAGUUUGCAGAGAUCGCAGUACGGUGCGUUGCCGACGACGGAAUUUUGCGGCCGUCGAUGGCGGAUGUGGUAGGAGGGCUUGAGUUUGUGAUGGAGCUUCAAGAGAGCGAUGAGAAAGUCGAUGAAUUCGUUGGAUUUGAGAUGGCUGAUGGGAAAGAUAGGAGGUUGUUUGGUUCACGAGAAAGUCAUGAUGAGGAGUCGGAUUCUGGGAAAGGGAAGUCAUCGGAGGAAAACAGCACUGAAACGUCGGUGUUUAGAUGGGAAGAGAGUGAGGAGAGUGACGUCUGGUUCCGAACGCUUCUUGUCGGAGAGCUAGGAUAG